AUGAUGUGUCUGGCUAUUGGCACGUAUCUAUCGGUUUAUCCGUUUUUCUUGAUGCUACCAAUUGCACUGCUAUUGCGUAGUGUUGAUACUGACGAGACUGUGAAGGAUAAAGCAAGUGGGAUAGAAGCGUUGUUUGGUUUCAAGUGUCUCGGGACAUUUGGCUUUUGGCUAUGUAUGCUCUUGUACCUGUCGUGGAGUUUAAAUGGAGAUUGGACAUUUGUGGAGGAAACCUAUGUUUGGGUCGCAAAGUUCUCAGAUUUGACCCCGAAUAUCGGCAUUUUCUGGUAUUUCUUCACAGAGGUCUUUGAUCGUUUCAUCCCGUACUUCCUUUUUGUGAUGCACUUGCAUCCAGUCAUCUACAUAAUCCCGAUCUAUCUCCGCUUAGCACAUCGGCCUCAAGCCUACGCAUGCGCGUUGAUCGGCAUUUUUUCUCUUUUCCAGGCGUACCCCUCCUUUGGUGACUUUGGUUUUUUCCUCUCGAUGCUGGCGAUACAUCCAAAAACGAUAAUGACAAUCAAGAAUCGAUACAUUUACGUCAUUGGUCUGGGUGCAGCGACGUGCAUGUUACCUGUGAUGUGGUUUUUGUGGUUGUUUCCAGCUUCUGGCAAUGCCAACUUCUACUACAACCAGACCUUGGUGUACCAGAUGUUUAGUUCCCAAAUCAUCAAUGCGUUUGUAGGAGCAACGAUGAAACGCGACAAAGAUGUGGAUAAGUACCGGGCGAGCUUUUUGAAAAAUAAUGAGAAGACUAACGUUGAGGCGCGCCAAUAA